AAAUUGUCGGUGGGCGUAAGGAUACAGCAGAUUCGUUCAUUAGCAGGUGCACACAGCGCAGGAAAACCACAAGAAGUAGGAUAACAUGAUGACCUAGCAAUUGGUCUUUUCUUCUUUCCAGUUACAGAAAACAUUUGAGUCAUACGCGGCAACCUUGCGCUCUAUCUGGAAAUAUGUGACGGGGUGCCUGUUCGGUCUGCGACACCGGCAUGUCCGCUAGGUGGUGAGUGUGCUUUAGCUGAAGACGGCCGAAGUUUGCCAAGCCUGGAGUCGGGUCUCGGCAGUCCCCUACUUAGGUACUGGCUGAUGACAUUUGUCCAGAGUGUCUACUGCAUUUAGAAGCUAUUAGCUCUACCAUCAAACACAAUGUCAGGUACUUACACACCAGCGCCUGGGGGGCCAUUCUCUGCUCUGACACCCAGUAUGUGGCCCCAAGACAUUUUGUGCAAGUACCACCAAAAAGAUGACUCCGAGCAGUCUGAACUCCAAUAUGAUGAGUUUGGCUUCAGGAUUGAUAGUGAAGAUGGUCGGGAUCGCAGGUCCUGGGUGGGAACUGAAGGCUCACCUCAUCGAGAGGAUCCGCAACAACGAUUACGUUGGCAAGCCCACCUGGAGUUCACCCACAAUCACACAGUGGGCGACCUGACAUGGGAACUCGUGGCUCCUGUCCUUCCGCACUCUGAGCGUCUGCGUUCACUGGUGCUCGGUGGAAUACCACACAGCAUGAGGCCACAACUCUGGAUGAGGCUGUCUGGAGCACUGCAGAAGAAGAGGACAGCUGAGAUCUUAUACAAAGAUAUCAUCAAGAACAUCUGUAAUGAUGACACCACCAUAGCUAAACAGAUAGAGAAAGACCUGUUACGAACCAUGCCAACCAAUGCAUGCUUCAGUACCCUAAACAGCGUUGGUGUGCCGAGGCUGAGACGGGUACUCAGAGGCCUGGCCUGGCUCUACCCUGAUAUUGGGUACUGCCAGGGCACUGGCAUGGUGGUUUCCUGCCUCCUCCUCUUUUUGGAGGAGGAGGAUGUGCUAUGGAUGAUGUGUGCUCUGAUUGAAGACCUCCUUCCCCCAUCCUACUUCUCAUCCACUUUGCUGGGUGUCCAAACAGACCAAAGGGUGCUCCGGCAGCUUAUUGUUCAGUACCUUCCUGCACUGGACCGUCUUCUGCAGGAGCAUGACAUUGAGUUGUCACUGAUCACACUGCACUGGUUCCUCACUUCAUUUGCCAGUGUGGUGGACAUCCGGCUGCUGUUGAGGGUCUGGGACCUGCUGUUCUACCAGGGCUCUUUAGUUCUUUUUCAGGUCACACUGGGCAUGCUCAAACUUAAGGAGGAGGAGCUUGUGUCUUCAGAGAACUCUGCAUCCAUUUUCAAUACUUUGUCAGACCUGCCAAGCCAGCUGAGAGAUGGGGCUAUAGUCCUUGGGGAGGCUAUGAGAUUGGCAGGUUUACUAUCCCAAGAAAUGCUGGAUGCCCAUAGACACAAGCAUCUAGCCUACAUCCUUAAUGAACAGGCACAGCUCAACAAUGGAAAUAACGCACCCCUCAACACAAAUCUCAACAAGGUGGUGAGGAGACGGUCACUGCGCAGGAAGUCCACCCUGAGCUCUCUGCUGUUUGGAGAGGAUGAGGCUGAAGCCCUCAAAUCCAAGAAUAUCAAGCAGACAGAGCUGGUUGCUGCGCUGCGAGAGGCCAUAGCCCGCAUGGCCGAGCACUUCCACUGUCUAGACCCACAUCACUCCAGCACUGAUCUGACUCCUGACUACUCCAUGGAGAGCCACCAGCGAGACCACGAAAACUUCCUUGUUGUGUCCCGGAACCGACGGAGAAGGGCAAAGGCAUUGUUAGACUUUGAGCGACAUGAUGAUGAUGAACUGGGCUUCAGGAAAAAUGACAUCAUCACUAUCGUUUCACAAAAGGAUGAACACUGUUGGGUUGGAGAGCUCAACGGCCUCAGAGGGUGGUUUCCAGCAAAGUUUGUGGAUGUCCUUGAUGAAAGAAGCAAAGAGUAUUCGUUAGCAGGGGACGACUCUGUGACAGAGGCAGUGACAGACCUGGCCAGAGGAACACUGUGUCCAGCCCUGAAGGCUAUAUUUCAGCACGGCCUCAAGAAAUCAUCCAUACUGGGAGGACCUUGUCACCCUUGGCUUUUCAUAGAGGAGGCAGCCAGUAGAGAGGUAGAGAGAGACUUUAACUCUGUCUACUCCAGAUUGGUGCUGUGCAAAACCUACAGGUUAGAUGAAGAUGGAAAAGUACUAACACCAGAGGAGCUGCUUUACAGAGCAGUGCAGUCAGUCAACAUGAGUCACGACACCGCCCACGCUCAGAUGGACAUAAAGUUUAGGUCUCUGAUCUGCGUUGGUCUCAAUGAGCAGGUGCUCCACCUGUGGCUGGAGGUGUUGUGCUCCAGCAUGGCUGCUGUCGAGAAAUGGUACCAUCCAUGGUCCUUCCUUCGUAGUCCUGGAUGGGUACAGAUAAAGUGUGAGCUCAGGGUUCUGUCAAAGUUUGCCUUCAGUCUGUCCCAAGAUUGUGAGCUGCCUGUCAGGAAAGAGGAAACGGAGCAGAGACCGCUGAAGGAGGGGGUGCAGGACAUGUUGGUAAAACACCACCUGUUCAGCUGGGACAUUGACGGCUAGACACGCAUGGUGAAAAACGACUGAAUCCCACGCCCUGUGUACAUUUAAUUUUAUGUUUGUUGUGGCGCGGACUCAGCCACACAUUUGGCUCAUAGUCUGCUUCACUUUGGGACACCUUUAUGUUAGAAAAUUGGUCACUUACAAAUGAUUCAGAAAGGUUUGUAUGAAUAGCCGACUGUUUGUACACGCUGAUGUAUAUGUGCAUUUAAGAUGCAUACUAUCUGGUUUUUAUUUUUUUUAUCUUUUUUUUUAAGCUCAGUGUUUGAUUCUCCACUACAAUAUUCUAGUGCAGGAGUAAAACCAUCCUCUCUUCAUCUGUCAUUACACUUCAGUUUUCACGCUUGUGUGAUUUGUGCAGCAGUGAGAUGUAAAGCCUGUUAACUUGCACAUGACACACUUGACCUUUUGAUCUGGUCCUGAAUUUAACAAUGCCUUGUAAAUGAACAUACAUCCAAUGCAAAUAAGAACACUCCUAAACGUGGAGCUGUAAAGUUACAGGCGUCAUACCCAGAGAAUACUAAUGUUACACACACACGUGCACACACCACAUAAAGCCUUUAAAAGUUGUAAGACUGUAUAUGUGCUACCUUUUCAAAAGUGGUGGUAGUGCUCUGUAUCUGUAUGACAUGUAAAUGAUCAGAGCAGCACAUUUUGUGUCUAAAUAAAUGUUAUACAUAUGAUGUA